ACGGCCGCAAGAAAUCCUCGUCGCCAAACGUCAGAAAGCGCGCACCGAAAGCGGAAGCCUUCCUUCCGAAGUCUCCUCGAUGCGCGCACGAGUCCAGGUCAAGGACAACAACCGCAGCCCAAGCGCCGGUUCCAUACCUCGGCUUCCUCCGCCUCCCUCUGGUUCCUCUUCUGCGCCACCCCGACCGCCCAACCCCUCCCCAAAACCUCACCAGUCAAUCACCAUGGGUGGCUCUGGCUCCCCCUCCGCCGCCGCCCACGUGGCUGACACGCGGGGAGAAGAUGCUCCGUGCGAAGAAGAGCCCGGCAACGAUGAGGAGAAAUAUCAACAUGAACAGCCUGUCUACUUUCCAGAAGAACUAGUGGGUAAUUGGCUAUCUUUUUCUUGUCUUGGCUUAUAUUAUUGCUACAAGAUCUCAUUGCGAGGGUGUUUCAACCAAACUACCGCUCCAACCGACAUAAUUUUAGCUGUCAAAUGUGACAUGGGACCUGAAUUCCUUUGUAACUCAUUUAACUUGGGCGGUGUUGAAGUUACCGUGGAAUACGUGCGCAUCAUUCAUCUAAAUCAAGAACAGGUAAUUUUCGCCAGAAGAUUUCAGACAACCAUUCUUUCUUUGCUUAUUACCAAUGACCAUUCGGAGGUCAGAGAUGCUAUAAAAUACUUCCAUGAGCUGCAAGUAUCUGUGGGUGUUGUCUAUCUACUUCUGCCUUUAGUUUCUGGCAAAAUUGAUUGGUGCAGUAUCAAGUUCUCAACUUCACGAGUAUAUGAAGCUACUGAAAAAGAUAUGAGACACUGCCAUUCUUGUAAACAUGCUAAUGUACUGCAGACAGAAGAUGGUUCUUUCUGCAGGUGUAUGCUUCAGAAUUCUGUUGUCUACACCCCUCAUAAUGGAAAAUUUUAUUAUGUUACUGGGUUUCGUGACUUAAAUGCAAAUACCCCUUUGUAUUUGAAAGAUGGGAGUGUUGUUAGCAACAAGAGGUAUUCUAAGACUAGCUAUAGCCUACGUUUAACAUGUGAAAAUCAACCACUAUUGGCUGCUAGGGGAUUAUUCAUGGUGCGAAACUUCCUCCACAAGUGCUAUCAAGAAGUGAAAGAACCUAGCAAUCAAAAUGCUGUUGAGUGGCCACCUGAACUCUACAGAGUAGUCAUGGCACCGGUGUCAGCAAAUACUUUAUUCAGCUUUUCAUUUGUUCCUUCUAUAAUGUACCGUAUCAAGUGUCUGCUUCUUUCUGUGAAGUUGAAAAUCCAGUUGGGCCCAAGAAUGCAACAGUUCAACAUAACAGCUCUGAAGAUUCUGGAAGCACUUACAACAAAGGAAUGCCAGGAGGAAUUUUCACUGGAAUCAUUAGAAACGCUUGGGGAUUCUUUCCUUAAGUAUGUUACAAGUCAACAUCUUUUUAGCAAAAAUAAGCUUCAUCGAGAGGGCAUGCUAACCUCUCUGAGAAAAAAAAUGGUCUCCAACACAACUCUAUGCCAGCUGGCUUGCAACAGCAAACUUGUGGGAUACAUUCAGGGUGAAGAAUUUAACCCAAAAAAUUGGAUCAUUCCAGGGCUUGGUUAUGACACAUGUGGUAACAGCAAGUUUUUCUUCCUAUACACCAAUAAUAUGUACAGUCUGAAGAAAAUAUCCAUAAAAAGCAAGAGAAUUGCAGAUACAGUUGAAUCCUUGAUUGGAGCCUAUCUCAGUGUUGGAGGUGAACAGGCCGCGUUUCAUUUCAUAAAAUCACUAGGAAUGGAUAUAGAACUGCAUACUGAAAUGCAAGAUGAACUGAAAAAUAUAACAAAAUCUGAAGAAUUCAAAGCAUUCAUUAAUGUGAGAAGGUUGGACUUGGAGACAAUGCUCGAUUAUAGUUUCAAUGAUUGUUCACUGUUAUUCGAAGCAUUGACACAUGGUUCCUCUAAUAUUGCGGCCACUACAUCCUGCUGCUAUGAGAGGCUUGAGUUUCUCGGAGAUGCUGUAUUGGAUCAUAUCUUAACUUUGUACUUCUACAAACAAUACUACCCUGAAUGUACACCAGCAUUGUUGACAAAUCUGCGAAAAGCUUCCGUGAACAACUAUUGCUAUGCACAUGCAGCUGUUAAAAAUGGAUUACACAAGCAUAUUCAUCAUUCAUCAUCAGAACAGAUGAUUAAGAAUCUUGAGAAUUCUGGGCGGUCAUUUUUAGGCCCAUCGCAUGGUUGGGAACCUGGCAUUGGUCUACCUGAGCACCUCGCAGAUUUGAUUGAAUCUAUAGCUGGUGCAAUUUACCUCGACAGCAAGCAUGACAAAGAGAAGGUCUGGACAGCCAUGGAACGGCUAUUGGGACCUCUUGCCACCCCCGAGACCGUGAAGCCUGACCCGGUGAUGGAACUGAAAGAAUUAUGCGAGCGCAGGAAAUACCCUGAGCCAUCUUACUCUCUAACUCGUGACGAUGGAGUUGGAGUCACAAGGGUGGUUGCAGAGGUUGAGGCCUCAGGAACAGUGCACUCCAGAACUGGAAAAGGUCGCAACAAGGAUGUGGCAAAAGUUCUCGCCGCAAACGCUCUGCUCAAGGAACUGAAGGCCGCAGCUGUAUCAUGAGGCUCGGAGCAACGGCACUAGUUACCUGCACACUUCAUAGUAAUUUUCACAGUGGAUCAAGUCGGUCGUUUAUUUACUAGCUUGUGAGCAAGGUUCAAGGUUUGAGAACACCCUCUGGUAUUGGUUGGAGGUGAGAAAAUUCUUGUGUUUGUCAGUAUUGAGCCGAAGUUUGUGCUAUAGAACAAAGUUCUCCACCAAUUAAAAUACUUAGUGGGUCUCCGUCCGAAUUAGAAGUUGAAAAAUAUUCAUAAUUUCGAUUGGUACAUAUCUAUGUCACAACUUUUUAGUAUCAAGCUUGUAUGCAAUAAACACCAUAAAUCAACGAGUAAAUUUCACUUG